AAAUCUAUUUCGUUCUCUCUUUUUUUUUUCUCAUGAUUUUCAGGUGAGAUCUACUGAUCGGAAAAAAUGUCGACAGUUACUAUAGAGCCUCUCGUCGGCCAUUAUCUCCGGCGAAGCCCAAAGCUAUAUCCAAAUCAGAAGAAAACCUCUCAUUUUUCUCUAAAUUACUCCAGGAGGCCACUCUCCGGUACCGCAACUUUGAGAUUCUGCGAUUAUCGGCGUCGCCGGACGGUACCUAUCAGGGCUAGUUCCACCGAUGCUGUCGUCAUUGAGACGUCGGAGCAGUCGGACGUAGUUUUUAAGGAGACUUUCUCGUUGAAACGACCGGAAAGGGCUGAAGGAAAGAUAUCCAUCAGAUUGGAUAAGGGGAAGGAUGAAGAGAAUUGGAACCUCACUGUGGGAUGUAGUUUGCCAGGGAAAUGGAUCCUUCACUGGGGGGUCCAUUAUACAGAUGACACUGGCAGUGAAUGGGAUCAACCUCCUCCAGAGAUGCGGCCGUCAGGUUCAAUUGCCAUAAAGGAUUAUGCAAUUGAAACUCCUUUGCAAGGAGACACAUUUCAAGAGGUGAAGAUCGACAUAAGUUCUAAGUGGUCUAUAGCAGCUAUAAAUUUUGUGUUGAAGGAUGAGGAAACUGGAGUUUGGUAUCAGCACAGAGGGCGGGACUUCAAGAUUCCUCUUGUUGACUGCCUUGACGAUGAUGCUAAUAUCGUUGGUGUUAAAAAGGAGUCGAACAUAUGGUCAGGAUCACUAGGAAAGCUGUCCAACAUACUCCUUAAUCCAGAAGCUUCUCCUUCUAAAGGGGAAUCAAGCAGCAAUGAGGGGUCUAGUGCGAAAAACAGGCGUCUUGAAGGGUUCUAUGAGGAGCAUGCCAUAGUAAAAGAGACUCUUGUCGAUAACAUAGUUAAUGUCUCUGUUAAGCAGUGUCCAGAGACUGCUAAGAAUAUUUUGUGUGUAGAUACCGACUUACCUGGAAAUGUAAUUCUUCACUGGGGAAUCUACAAAGGUGAUGCUAAAAUAUGGGAACUACCUGCAAUGCCAUAUCCAGCGGAAACAGUAGUGUUCAAGAAUAAGGCACUGCGGACUUUGCUGCAGAGAAAAGAGGGAGGCAAUGGUUCUUCGGGACUGUUUACUUUGGAUGUAGGACUUGCCGGAUUUGUUUUUGUGGUGAAGCUAGAUGAAAAUACGUGGUUGAAUUGUAAGGGAGAUGACUUUUAUGUACCUCUGUCAAGUGGCACAUUACAUUUGGAGGAAAGUAAACAAAGCGAGGAGUCAAAUUCUUCCCAGAUAGUCAAUCGUACGCCUGAGGAGAGCCAAAUAGGGUCUGUGUAUACUGAUGAAAUAAUAAAAGAGAUAAGGAGUUUGGUGAGUGACAUUUCUUCUGAAAAGAGCCGAAAGACAAAAAAUAGGGAAACACAGGAAACCAUUCUUCAAGAAAUUGAGAAGCUGGCUGCUGAAGCUUAUGGUAUAUUCAGAAGUUCAAUCCCAACAAUACUAGAAACUGUUGUUUCUGAAUCUGAGCUUGUACAACCUGACGUGAAAGUAACUUCAGGAACUGGUACAGGAUUUGAAAUUUUGUGCCAGGGUUUUAAUUGGGAAUCUCAUAAAUCCGGAAGAUGGUACAAGGAGCUGCAUGAUAAAGCUGCAGAGUUAUCUUCACUUGGUUUCAGUGUGAUCUGGUUGCCUCCACCAACUGACUCAGUGUCACCAGAGGGAUACAUGCCUAGGGAUUUAUAUAACUUAAAUUCCAGAUAUGGUAGUUUUGAUGAAUUGAAAGUUACAGUAAAGAAAUUCCAUGAAGUGGGCAUCAAGGUUCUUGGUGAUGUUGUCUUAAAUCAUAGAUGUGCAAGUGAACGGAAUCAAAAUGGUAUAUGGAAUAUCUUUGGUGGUCGGUUAAAUUGGGAUGAGCGUGCAGUUGUUGCAGAUGAUCCACAUUUCCAGGGAAGGGGCAACAAAAGUAGUGGAGAUAAUUUCCAUGCUGCUCCUAACAUUGAUCAUUCCCAGGAAUUCGUGAGAAAGGAUAUCAGGGAAUGGUUACUCUGGCUGAGGGAGGAGAUUGGUUAUGAUGGAUGGAGGCUUGAUUUUGUUCGUGGGUUUUGGGGUGGUUAUGUGAAGGAUUACUUGGAAGCAACUGAACCUUACUUCGCUGUAGGCGAGUUUUGGGAUUCCCUCGUUUAUACUUAUGGAGAGAUGGAUCACAAUCAAGAUGCGCAUAGGCAGAGAAUUAUUGACUGGAUUAAUGCUACUAAUGGAACUGCAGGAGCAUUUGAUGUGACAACGAAGGGAAUUCUUCAUUCUGCAAUUGAGAGAUGUGAAUACUGGCGACUAUCCGAUCAGAAGGGGAAACCUCCCGGCGUUGUUGGAUGGUGGCCAUCUCGUGCUGUUACAUUUAUAGAGAAUCAUGAUACAGGUUCUACACAGGGUCAUUGGAGAUUUCCUGGUGGGAAAGAGAUGCAAGGUUAUGCCUAUAUCCUGACUCACCCUGGAACCCCGUCAGUCUUCUUUGAUCACAUUUUCUCUGGUUACCGAUCUGAAAUAGGAAAUCUUAUAUCACUCAGAAAGCGGAACAAGAUUAACUGUCGGAGUUUGGUGGAUAUAACAAAAGCCGAAAGGGAUGUUUACGCAGCAGUUAUUGAUGAUAAGCUGGCUGUCAAAAUAGGACCAGGCCACUACGAGCCUCCAAGUGGGCAUCAGAGAUGGAAAAUGGCUGCUGAGGGUAACAAUUAUAAGGUUUGGGAAUUGUCAUGAAAACAAUCGCCUUCUUUCCCUGUUACCGAUAUUCUACUAUUUGUAAAUGUUUGGGGUUAGCAUUGAGUGACUGGAGAUGGAAACAGUUAAUGUCGUAAAAACGCUGUACUGCAACGGAUUGUAUCUAGCUUUGCUGCAACACAAGUUGAAGUUGUUGGAGCUAAAAUAGCAAGAGUAUGAACAGUCUGGUAAUAAUUGCUGUUAAUAUUGUUGUAUUUGGAAAAAUUCACCAUGUACACUAUACAUAGUCUGGUAAAAACUGUAUAUGAUAGGUACCACUACAUUAUAUUGCCUUUUUCAGAAGAUAAUUAGGCAUUGUAGAAACUGUAUGAUGUAAAGAACUUCUGUACAACUUAUUCGCCAUAUUGGCGAUAGACGCCUUUUUAGCGUAUAAAUACUAGAAUGUAUGUAUUGCUGUAUUUUAUUUGUAUUAUUACAAUUGAGUUGCUGGUUCAGCUACUGAAUAAAAGUCUCCAGCCUUAUUUG